AUGGUGGACUACUACGAGGUGCUGGGCGUGCCCCGGCAGGCCUCCUCCGAGGCCAUCAAGAAGGCAUACCGCAAGCUGGCGCUCAAGUGGCACCCCGACAAAAAUCCUGACAACAAGGAGGAAGCGGAGCAGAGAUUCAAACAAGUGGCCGAGGCCUACGAAGUGUUGUCGGACUCCAAGAAACGCGACGUCUAUGAUCGGUAUGGCAAGGCUGGCGUGGAUGGUGGGGGCGCCACCGGGGCCCCCUUCGAGGACCCCUUCGAGUACAUCUUCACCUUCCGUGACCCGGCCGAGGUCUUCAGGGAGUUCUUUGGUGGCCGGGACCCAUUUUCGUUUGACUUCUUCGGUGACCCGCUUGAGAACAUUUUUGGGGGUCGGAGGACCUCCCGGGGAAGCAGAAGCAGAGGGUCAGCAUCCCUGUUCUCCACAUUCAAUGAAUUUCCAGUCUUUGGGGGUGGUUUUUCUUCUUUCGAUACAGGAUUUACUUCGUUUGGCUCCCUGGGAAAUGGGGGCCUUUCUUCCUUCUGCAUGUCUGCUGGUGGUGGUGGAACAGGCAGCUUCAAGUCCAUGUCGACAUCCACAGAAAUAGUUAAUGGCAAAAAAAUCACCACCAAGAGAAUUAUUGAGAAUGGCCAAGAAAGAGUGGAAGUGGAAGAAGAUGGAGAGUUAAAGUCCCUGAUAAUAAAUGGCAAAGAGCAGCUGCUACACAUUGACACCAAGUAA